AUGCACUACGUUUUAGGUAACAAUUCUUCUGAUUGUGUUGAUGUUUUGUGUUGCAGCUUUGGAGUGCAAAUCGUUGGAGGAAAACUGGCAGCCUGUAAUGAUCCGACUAUUACAGCGAGGGAAAACUGCACCGGAGUUUUUGAGCAGAAGAUUUUUGUUACCAGAAUGGAAGUAUAUGGCAAGAACGACGACAAACUGCACCCGAAAAUUCUCGUUCCGAGAGUGUGGACAAAUCCUCGCAAUUUCAACUUUGACCAUAUUGGAAAUGCGAUGUUGGCGCUAUUUGAGACGUUGUCCUAUAAAGGCUGGAAUGUGAUUCGGGAUAUUCUCUAUCUUCGUCAGGGACCGUGGGCCGUGCUAUUCAUUCACAUCUACGUUUUCAUUGGAUGCAUGAUCGGACUGACGCUGUUUGUGGGUGUCGUUGUCGCGAAUUACACUGAAAACAGAGGCACCGCUCUCCUUACCGUUGACCAACGACGUUGGCACGAUUUGAAAGCGAGGUUGAAGAUGGCUCAGCCUCUCCAUGUACCCCCUAAACCACCAGAAAGCGCCAAGCUGCGCAGUUAUCUCUACGAUCUCACAUUAAGUAGAGCAUUCAAGCAGUCGUUCGCAAUCCUUGUUGUGGUGAAUUCGUUCACAUUAGUCGUUCCAUGGAAUGUUGAAGAGGAAAAACAACGGCGGAACGUUUUAUUCGGUCUAACGGUGUUGUCAGCAUUUUGCAACAUCCUCUUUACUAUCGAGAUUUUGCUUAAAGCUGUUGCUUUUACUGUACGAGGAUUCUGGCAAUCAAGGCGAAAUCGCGGCGAUUUCUUUAUUACCAUGCUUGGUCUCACGUGGAUCGUCUUUCAUUUCCUUUUCCAAGUGCCUGCCUACAUUGCCGGCGGUAUCAAUGAGUGGAAGAGGCUCACGUAUACUUUUGGCUAUAUGGUGGUCAUCCUUCGAUUCUUCACCAUCGCUGGCCGAAAAUCGACAUUGAAAAUGCUGAUGUUGACGGUGUUGAUGUCUAUGGUCCGCUCGUUGUUCAUUAUUGCCGCAAUGUUCCUUUUGGUGCUUUUCUAUGCAUAUACCGGUGUAAUCCUUUUCGGCAUGGUCAAAUAUGGUCAAGCAGUCAGCAAACAUGUGAAUUUCCGCAAUGGUCGUGAGGCGUUGGUUGUUCUGUUCCGUUCUCGUUCCAUACCAACCCGUCGAGUCAAAUUUCUUCUCCGCCUGCUCCGUGGAAGGCUUGAAGUUGAUCCAAACAAGGAUCGAUUGCUCUUCAAGCAUAUGUGCUACGAGAUGGAGCGUUUGCAUAACGGCGAAGAUGUCUCAUUCCACGACGUGCUCAAUAUGCUCUCGUAUCGAAGUGUGGACAUUAGGAAGAGUCUCCAGUUGGAAGAGCUGUUACAACGCGAAGAGCUGGAGUACCUUAUUGAGGAAGAAGUCGCUAAGCAGACGAUACGUGCAUGGCUUGAGAGCUGUCUGCGAAGAAUCAAGCAAAAGCAGCAUGGGGUGAUAUCCGAGAGUACGGUACCGACGUCAUUGCCAUUGCAUCGGCUCAGCUGUUUUUUGCCACAUGUUUCACAUGCACCAUCACAACACAAUUUAGUCACGGCACAUACGUCUUCGCCGCAGGCUGCGCAGAACUUCGAACCGCUUGAUUCACGGGAGAGCAUUGAAGAAGAAAACGGAAGCAAGAAGAGACAACGAGCAAGAAGAAACUCGAUUCCGGAGCUGGUCGGUGAGGCAAAAAAGUUCAUGUUUGGCAGUCUUGCGAAACGGCUCGAGAAAGCAGCCGAAACCAAAACUGGUAAGGAUCGCCGUGGGACACUCAAGCAAAUCCAGAUGCCAACAUAUGAGCUGCCAGAUCUAGAAGAGAAUCUCGACGAAGCGGGUGAUUCUCCACAGGAACGGCGUCAUUCCGUCGACACACCGUUGAGCAACAAUCCCGGUAAGGAAUCUACCGCUGUAAAUGAGAUCACUAGCACAUGUUGUUCUUCAGCUAUCAUCAUGGAGAACUUCUCUCUGUUCUACUCAAGCGAGGAAGAUGCCCUACUUUCCUAUGCUGACAUCCGGAAUUUCCAGCAGGUGUGGAACUAUGUCGAUGCCGAUCAAAAGCGUUCCAUACCAACCCGUCGAGUCAAAUUUCUUCUCCGCCUGCUCCGUGGAAGGCUUGAAGUUGAUCCAAACAAGGAUCGAUUGCUCUUCAAGCAUAUGUGCUACGAGAUGGAGCGUUUGCAUAACGGCGAAGAUGUCUCAUUCCACGACGUGCUCAAGUGA